AUGUUUUCAGAGUUGGCAGUCAGACUGUGUAAGACUGAGAGUGUGAUAAAGGAGCUGAUCAGGCAGACCUCAGUCUCAUCUUGCAACGGUUCAGCUGAGAUGGAGGAGCUGAAAACAAACACACGAGCUCUGCAGGGUCGACUGAACUCACUGGAGAAAAAACUGAACUCGUCUGCAGAGAGAGGCGAGAUCAGCGUCAUACGAGAUCAAGUGUCAGAGAUCAGCAGCAGACUAAACUCCAGCCAGCUUCACCUGCAUGAGCUGAGGAGACACUCUGCAGAUCAUACCGGUGGACUGCAGUCUGUAGAGACACAACUGGAGGAACUGAAGACGCAAAACACAGUUCAGGCUGAUGCCGUUAAGCAGCUGCAGGUCAGACUGAACUCUGCUGAGAGUCAAGUUCAGCAGCUGCAGACUGACAGCACAGGUCAAACCUCGGGACUGAUGAAUCUGCAGAGGAAACUGAACAUGACUGAGAGUCAGCUGGACAAAAUGAACGAAGAGUUGGAGGUGGGAUUGGGUGUCAGUGAGAAACAGCUGGAAGAUCUGAAGACAGGAAACACAGUUCAGUCUGUUCAACUUUCCUUGAUGGAGUCCAAACUGAAAGACUGCAACAACUCUACAGGGUUAGAGGUCAGACUGAGUGCCAGUGAGAAACAGCUGGAAGAUCUGAGGACAGAAAUCACAGAGUUGGAGUUCAGACUGAGUAAGAGUGAGAAACAGCUGGAAGAUCUGAAAGCAGAACACACAGUUCAGUCUGUUCAACUGUCCUUGAUGGGCUCCAGACUAAGUGACAGCAACAACACAACAGGGUUAGAGGUCAGACUGAGUGCCAGUGAGGAACAGCUGGAAGAUCUGAGGACAGAAAUCACAGUUCAAUCUGUUCAACUUUCCUCGAUGGAGUCCAGACUGACAGAAACUCAAAACAACAGAACAGCUCUGGAUGUCAGGAUGGGAUCCACAGAGACACAGCUGGAGCAGCAAAAUGCAGUUCAAUCUGUUACACUUUCCCUGAUGGAGUCCAGACUGACAGAAACUCAAAACAACGCUACAGCUCUGGAGGUCAGAGUGAGAUCCACUGAGACACAGCUGGAGCAGCUGGAGAGUCACAAUGAAGUUCUAGAUGUCAGACUGGGUGUCAGUGAGAAAGCAGCUGGAGGAUCUGAAGACAGAAAACACAGUUCAAUCUGUUCAACUUUCCUCGAUGGAGUCCAGAAUCACAGAAAGCCUAAAAAACACUACAGGUAGAUUUGUAUCAACAUUGUCAUAUACAGUACAGUUUUCAUUCUAACCUAGACUUACUGAACAGUUUAAUCCAGUAAAUAUAUAAAUGAAUAACAUCUGAUUGUGAAUCAGCUCUGGAGGUCAGACUGGGAUCCGCUGAGACUCAACUGGAGCAGCAGACUGCCGGUGUAAUCUAUGAUAUCAAAUAAAGGUUAAAGAUAUGGGGCGAAGCCUGCGAGCUAGUUCAGGCAGUCAACUCGAGCACCAAUGAUACAUUCGCACAUACCGCCCCUCGUCACACUUGCAACCAACCAAACACAGUCUCCUAAUCUGGCGCUCUAUUUAAUCUGUUGGAUCCACCUCUGCCUCGC